AUUUUUUUAAUUUUUAUUUUUUUGUUCGAAAAUGAAGAAGGAAAAGGUUCGAAGGGCUUCUUGGUCAAUCUACAAGUAAAAGGAAAUUCCUAGUGCAUCAGCUUUUUUCCAUCAACCCUCUCUAAAACCCCAAGAACACGAUUCUUUAGGGGAAGUUGAACCAAACCCCACUUGUAAAAACAUCGACUUUUUGUACAAUUUGUCUUCAUCUCCUUCCUGUUCGUUGCAAAAUUUUCGUAAACACUAAACCCUUCAUGCCUUUUCAUUUCUACCACCAUUUCUUUGCAUUGCAAAUGUGAAGACACAUAUUAAUCAGAAUAGUUGGUAUUGAAGGAGUAUAAAAUGGCAGCAAAGAAGGAAGCUGUGAAUGUGAAUCCUAAGGCCAUUAUACACCAAAGAUUUGGGGAUAAAGCACAUUACAAUAUAGAAGAAAUUCAAGAAUUUUCAUCAAAUGGAUGUCCAGGGCUUGUGAUUCCACAGAAAGGCCCUUGUCUAUACCGUUGCUGCUUGCAACUUCCUGAUUUAUCUGUUGUUUCAGAGGUCUUUAAGAGAAAGAAGGAUGCUAUGCAAAAUGCUGCAGAAAAGGCACUAGAGAAGUUAAGUGACCCUCCAGUAGAAAAUCCAUCAGAUCAAUUGGUAUCUCGGCUGUCCUACUUAUUCUCAAAUGAGUUUUAUGCCAUCUGUCAUCCACUGAGUGGUCACUUUCGGGCAUCUUUGCAUAGAGAGGGUGACCUCAACGGUUUUGUUCCUAUUUCCAUUAUGCCCUUCUAUGAUUCAAAGAUUUCUAAUCUUUGUAAGAGCAUAAAACCCGAGGUUGAGUUAAAACCAUUGGAUGUAACCUCAAUUAUAAUGGAAGCUUCUGCAAGAUUAUCUGAUACUGUAUUCUGUUCUAAAGAGCUUUUGUCACUAAAAAGAGUAACUCCAUACCCUCCAGAAGUUUUGCAAUUGGUAGAAGUGUCUUCUGAGCAAGGAACUCAUGUCAAGGUUAUUCGUGUUCCUUAUAUGGUUGAUAAGAAUGUUGACUCUUUGACUCUUGAUGUUUCUUCAAAUAAGUAUUACAUGGAUGUCAUUGCUCAAGAACUUGGAGUUGCAGAUGCUUCUAGGGUUUUGCUCUCAAGGGGCAUUGGAAAAGCUUCAUCAGAAACAAGAUUGUACUUUUGUGCUCCAAAAUCACACGAAUUGGAUGUGAUAUCUGGAAAUGAGGUAAAAGAAGGUCAUUUGGAUGAAACAUACUUAAAUACAAGGGCAAGUUACUUAUGUGGUCAAAAUAUAUAUGGGGAUGCAAUCUUGGCUACUAUUGGAUACUUGUGGAAGUCUUAUGAUCUUUUCCAUGAAGAUGUGUCUUCUCGCACAUAUUAUAGGUUACUUUUGAACAAGGUACCCAGGGGUAUAUAUAAAUUGUCACGUGAAGCCAUUUUUGCAGCUGAAUUGCCCUUAAAAUUUGGGACACGAAGUAACUGGCGGGGAAUGUUUCCAAGGGACAUCCUCUCCACCUUCUGCCGCCAGCACCACUUACCGGAACCCAUCUUUUCCAGUACAACAACCGCCAAAACCACCCCGGGAUCCGAAGAAUCCUUCAAAUCCGAAGUAAAAGUAUUCUCAAAAGAUCGGAAUCUGAUAUUCCAUUGUUUCCCUCAAGAAUCAUACAAGAAACAAACCGAUGCUAUCCAACAUUCCUCUUUAAAAGUCCUCUCAUGGUUGAAUGAUUUCUUAAAUACAGAUGGAAAUACGAUAAAUGGGAACAAGGGCGAUCUCGUCUUUUACCCCGAACAUAUCUCGAAGGAUUUAUUGGCACAAAUUAAGGGUAAUUAUGAAAAAAUGUUGGGAUUUGAAGGUGGGAAUCAAGAUAAGAUGUUUGAGUAUCGGAUUGAAGGGGCGGAAUCAGAGAUUACUCCGGCGAAUGGGUGUUUAGUGUGUGUGGGUUACUGUGUGUGGUUGGUUAGUGGAGAAGAGAGGGAAAUAAUUGAGAAAAAUGAAGAAUUUGAAUUUGAGUUGGGGAGUGAGGCGGUGAUUCCGGAUCUUGAAGCGGUUGUGGGUGGAAUGAGUGUGGGACAAUCGGGUUGUUUUAGAACCGAGUUGCCCCCUCGAGAGUUGAUCUUUGCAGCCAAUGGUGAUUCCGAACGGAUUUCGGUUUUACUAUCAUCAGGUAACUGCAUCCUGGAAUACUCCACAACUUUGCUACGGGUUACCGAACCCUUAGAAGACCGAAUGGAAAAGGCUUUAUUCAAUCCUUCUUUAUCAAAACAACGUGUUCAAUAUGCAGUUCAACAAAUUAAAGAUUCUUCUGCCACUUUUUUGGUUGAUUUUGGUUGUGGGUCCGGAAGCUUAUUGGACUCAUUAUUGGAUUAUCCAACAUCACUUGAACGAAUUAUUGGUGUUGACAUAUCAGUAAAAGCCCUAGCUCGUGCAGCAAAGACUCUUCAUUCAAAGCUAAGCAACAAUUCAAGUGUUCCAAUCAAAAGUAGCUGUAUUAAAUCUGCUUUGCUUCUAGAUGGUUCCAUUACAACUUUUGAUUCUCGAUUAUAUGGAUGUGAUAUUGGAACAUGCCUAGAGGUGAUUGAGCACAUGUCGGAAGAUCAAGCAACUUUAUUCGGUCACAUUGUUUUGAGUUCUUUUCUACCAAAACUUCUCAUUGUCUCCACUCCAAAUUACGAAUACAAUGUAAUACUUCAAAAGUCAACUCCUCAGAGUCAAGAAGAAGAAGACAAAAACCCAACAAAACCUUGCAAAUUUCGCAACUUUGACCACAAGUUUGAAUGGACACGAGAGCAAUUUCAAGUUUGGGCAUCCGAAAUUGCCAAAAAGCAUAAUUAUAGUGUUGAAUUUAGUGGUGUUGGUGGAGUUGAAGGGGUUGAACCUGGUUUUGCAUCACAAAUUGCUGUUUUUAAGAGGGUUUGUGAGCUUCAGGAAGGUGGGGAGUUGAAGGAUGUGCCUUAUGAUGUUGUUUGGGAUUGGAGGAGUAGUAAUGAAUGAGAUUUUAUGGAGUGAAACAUUCUUUUGUGUUCAUCUAACUAGUGAAUUAGGUUGAGUCUUUUGGAUGUUAGAAAGAUUUGGGUGUUAAUUGUAGAAACAUUAAUGGUUACUUAUUGAAGUAUGUGGGGCUAUCUUAGUUUCUAUUGAAUGGUUUAAUGGGAAUAUGACUUAAAGUGGUUGCUAUUUUUGGGCCUAAUGGG